UUCUCCUCAAAUGAACCUCUCUUACAGCAAUUAGAGCGUCAACAACCAAAAUGUUCCCUCAACGAGCCAUGCUACGCACUUCUCAGCGCUUAGCUGCCCAACUGCGUGCCCCAGCUAUCCGUACUCCUUUCCAAAGACGAUUUGCGAGCACGGAGAGCUCUGCCUUCCAUGGUGCGGAGGACAAUGCUUUCAACCGCGAGAGAAAAGCCGUGAAGGACCAUGCUGCUGCUACGAGUGAUUUGUGGCGCAAGCUGUCUAUUUACGUUACCAUCCCAGCACUGUUGAUUGCAGGUGCUAACGCAUAUGUCUUGUGGAACGAGCAUUGGAGCCACUGGGAGCACAUGGAGCCACUGGAGGAGAGACCCGAAUACCCAUACCAGAACAUCCGUACCAAGAACUUCUAUUGGGGUGAUGGGGACAAGACUGUCUUCUGGAACGAUAAGGUCAACUACCACAAGAAGAGCGAGUAGGCGAUCGGAUUGCUUAUUGGAAGGAGUGUCUGCUGGUGGGAAUGAAUUGGAUUUCUUCGAACGGUCAAGACUGUGUAUUUCUCAUUGAGUCCUCGGAAUACUAGAAGCCAAAUCCGUUUUCCUCACCCCUUUGAACCCCUGUGAUCAUACUGGCUUUGUCGAAGGUGUGCCGUGGGAAGCUUCGUUGAUUGGAGUGUGGACAGAUAGAUAAGCGGUCGGAAUAAUGUGGGAGAACCUAGAAACAAUGAACUAUUGCAGGGUGACAGGCG